AUGUCGUAUUCCAAGCUAGGCUCUGUUGAUUUUGGAGCUGAUAACUGGUGUCUGAAGCUCCAGCCACUUUACAAUUGUGGUCUCCUCGUUGCUUUAAGUAAUGGUACAAUUCAAACGAUCGAUUGGACCAAGAACGUAUCAAUUGGUCAGGUUCAGGCGCACGAAACGUGCAUCAAUGACCUGAAGGUUGUGAACAGUGAUUGGGACAACGGCUGUUUGAUAGCGACUGCAGCCGAGGAUUCUGUGAAGAUCUUCGACAUCCGGUCGAAUGAUUCAGUCGCUACUAUAAAGAAUCAAAAGUCUGCUCCCUUUUUGUCCUUAGACUCCAGACACGGACUACUGGCUUGCGGUACUGAGCUAAGCGGUGUCGAUGCAGAGCUGCACUUAUACGAUAUACGAUCGUGGCAGCAACCCGUGCGCUCGUUGGUGGAUUCUCAUCACGACGAUAUUACUACAAUUAAGCUUCAUCCCAGUGAUCCAAACGUACUCCUCAGUGGGUCGACGGACGGAUAUGUUAAUAUCUACGAUUUAACUCAAACUGAAGAAGAAGAUGCACUUCACCAAGUGAUAAAUUUCGCUUCCAUCCAUUCCAGUGGAUGGUUAUCGCCUAAUCGGAUAUAUGCUUUGUCACACAUGGAGACUUUUGGCUUGUUUGAGCUAAACAACAAAUUAGAAGACUCUACAGAACCUAAGCCUAUGGACUUUGGGGACAUCAGAGCACCUUGGGACUGCAAUUACGUCGUUGACGUUUAUCCCGGAUUCAUCGCAACGGGUAAAACUGAAGAAGGCAAAGGCGAAUUAAAAUUAAUACCAUUUCACAACGAAGAGAUAUAUCUGGAAAAAGCAGUGACCAUUCCUCACGCUCAUGGAGACGAAGUGAUCAGAGACGUGCUUGCCUCGGCUUUGAGUCAAGAAGUGCUAUAUUCAUGUGGGGAAGAUGGAUGCGUGAACGCCUGGAAGUCUAACCUAGGCUCCAUGAACUUGCCACGCGAAUUUUGGCAAUACUCCCAGACCAUGGAUCUUUUUGGAGGAGACGCGCCCCAUGUCGAGAUGUCUGAUGUCUUUGUUCCACCUGAAGAAUUCACAGAGCCCUCAGUGACGAACUCAGAACCUUUGAAGACACGCAAAAAAAGUUCCAAGGUCUCGAAAAGUUCAAAAGGUAGCUCGAAGUCAACAUCGAAAGACCGCAGAUUCCAACCUUAUUGA